UUUACAGUUUUGUUUACAUCUCUAGCAUAGAGCGAUAUCCAGGCUGAAGGUAAAUGUCCACAACGGACAGGGGGUGGAGCUGGUGUGUGUGGUAUAAUGCCAUCCGCCCUCACAAUACCCCCACUGCACACCCUCCCACUCCUCCAGUCAGCCAGCCCUUUCUCCAGCUCUCUAGCAGCACAGAAAACUCAUCUCUAACAGUCACAGUGCUGCUCUCGCCGUCAGACACUCUCCUCUGGUGGAGUGGAAAUCAACACUGUUUAAUUCAGUUCAGUUGUCAGGGCUGCUUCAUUGCGUGGCACACCAAGUAGCAGUAAUCCUCCGGUAUUGACGGGAUACGUCAGACAGGUCCCUGACUCUGGGACCAUAAUCUCCAUCCGUAAUGAGGCGUGGGGCCCACAUGGCUCAUUUGGAGAUUCAACUCUGAAGAGUGUCAGGAUUCGGAUCAGGAGGUGUUCGCGCAGAAGGACGGUUCGUGGCAACAUGCGUGCGCUCCUCUCAGAGAGAGCAUGAUGGGAUUUUGGCUUCUGUAGGGACUUGCAGUCAGCUUUUCUUCACUUUUAUGAAUCAUUACAGAGGAAUCUGUUGGAUAAACAUAUGUUUGAAGCUUAUUUCCAAGUGAUUACUUCUUUCGGAGUUGUGUUUAUAAAGGAUGUAAGACAAGAACCUGCACAGUAAACAUUUAAAAGACUGCACAUGAACAGCUGCUUAUGUGAAUAAGUGCUUCCAAAUUCUUUAAACAUAUAUAUAUGUAUUUUCAUGAAUGAUAGUUUGCAGGUGUUUUGAGUGAUAGAUGGUUGCCAUAUCCUUUAAUUACUAGUUUUUGUGUGAAAGUGUAAUGCUGGCUGGGAGAACAGCUAAUGGGGUUCUAUUCGCAGUGCUCAUUAUUUAAGGCUGGUUGCUCAUCAAAGUACACACUGAGAGGACAUUUUUCUAUAUUUAUUUUUUAUGCACUCCUUGCACUCCUUUUUUGAGGCUGGUUACUUCAACAGUGCAGAUUGUGAGGACAUUUUCUUCCUCUUUUCCUGUUUUGGCAAAAAGUCUCCAAAGUUUAAUGCAGUAUGAGGAUAUUUGGACAUUUUUACACCUUUGGCAUCCCUGGAUUUCUGGAGGAUCCUGUAACUGAGGAAUGCAGUGCGUAUCCUGGACGAGCCUCUGAUUUUUCAUAAACAGAAACUACAGCACUCUUUUACUCUUCUAAAGAGAAAGAGUUGGAAUAUUGAUCAAUGCCAUUUUUACCCAGAGGUCAGCUGAACAGACGUGCUGUGGAGUCUGGAUAAGCCGGGCAGACGGGGCCCAAUGCUUUUCCUCAUUCUAAGAUGAAGUUAUGGAAGUUUGCUGCCAUCGGCCUGAUUCUCUGUGGUGCUGCACUUCCUCUGCUCGUCCUUAAAUCCACCCCCUCUUCCCGAGCCCCACCCCCUCCUCCCCACCGCAGAGCUUCAUCCUCAUCACUUUCACCUACAUCAUCUUCUUUUACACCAAGCAAUUCGUCGUCUACCGUCGUUGCAGGGGGACGGCAACGCCGGGUCAGAUCAGCAGACGGAGGAAACGCUCUCGUAUCAGAAUUCAUGAAGAUGUUCCAGAGCUUCACAGAGGGCGAGCUGAAGCAGGUCAUUGGGACACUGGUGGAAAGGAAAGCCCGCAGAGAUGCCCAGCAGAGCAAAAGGACUAAACGGGCAAAAAAGCGAUCCAAACCCUGCUCGCUGCAGGAGGUGGAGGUGACGGUCAGUCAGCUGGGGUUGGGAUACGUCAGUGACGAGACUAUAGUCUUCCAUUACUGCAGCGGAAAGUGUACCACUAGCCGCAAAAACUAUGACUUGACGCUGGCGUUCAUGAAGCGCUCGCAGCUGCUAACAAGGGACCAGAAGGACAAAGCGCGCCACAGCCCCUGCUGUCGGCCCACCGCGUAUGAGGAGGACAUCUCCUUCCUCGAUAACUUCAACAAAUACCACACAAUCCAAGAGUUUUCGGCCAAAGCAUGUGGAUGCGUCUGACGUUGAGGAUCAAAACUCAUCGGAGUACUUAAAACUUUUAGGAAACAUAACAUGUUUUAAUCUCUGAAAAAUAGACCCCUCGAUUUGGAGCAGAAAAUCUUCUGGGCUUAAAGCACUGAGGCGAGAGCUUAUGUCUUGCAUUGCCUUCACGAAACAUACUCGGCUGACAGAUUCUCCUCAGAUACUUCUGCCAGUCCUGAUGAAGAGAAACCAAAAAUAUAUUAAGCAAAAAAUUAUUCUCAUGUUUAGUCGUUGCUUAUGAGAUGCUGCUGUAUAUCUUGUUUCUAUUGCCUUCGUGGGUCUAUUUCAAAUAGCUUGAAAUGUUGGGUGGAUGCUCAGUUUCAAUGUCGAUAACCUCUAGAAAAUUCAUUCAGGGCUUCAGUAAACAAAGCAAGUACACAAAGGCACACCCAAUGCUGAACAAAACUUCCUCAUUGUGUAACUGACCUGUAAAUGAUCCCAGCAGCUCUGAAAGGUUUCAACUCUGAUAUUUCAAAGGCAAAACAUUCCCACAAAUCAAAUGCAAACAGACGCUUUAGUUAUACUAAACAUCUACCUCAGCUUUGCUACAGUCAACAUGGCUCUGUUAAAGAAAACCCAAUAUUUGAUCAAAAUAUUGACAUUUAUUAAAUGUAUAAUAAUCAAACAAAAAUCUGCUAAAGGAUGGAUUUUAAAUGCUAGGUAUCACACAAAUGCCAUAACAGAGGAAAAACCGGUGGUCACACGCUACCAAAAUUUAAAGUUGUUCCGAACACAACAAUUUCACAUCUUAUGAAAUCUAUCACAUCCGACUGCCCAAAUUACACAGACAGGUUCUGAUUUUUUGGCAAAAAAAUCUGGGUAACAAAAAAUAUAAAUGGGUUCCAAUUUAUAAAAUUUGAUGCAUUUAUGAAACAAUACUACAAUGUCCAAAACAAUCUCAUUGCAAAACUACUAUACUUUUUGGCAAAUUGAUGGCUAACACUCAUACAAUAUACUUACGCCCAAGUGACGGUUACAUUUAGGGGUAGAUCUUCAUGCUUAUUUAUUUAUUUUUUUUGCAACGAAACAUACAUUUUUGUACUUCACAUUGUGUGAAUUCAUAUGAAAUCGCCACCUUGUAAAAUAGAUAGGGUUGCAGUGUCUCCACAAGGUUCUCCCAAUCUUCCAGUCAGGUUCUAUAUAGAGAGAAAUUUGUUCGAUUUUUGUGCAUUGAUAAUAUCCAAAUUGUGCUUUGCCAAAAUUCUGCUACUAUUGGCCUGGACUGCCAUCAUAAAGUCAAUUUGCACUGUUCCUCAGAGGAAAAAUUUGGAUCCCACCUAGAUCUUCUAUAGAUGCUUGCAAAUGUAUGAAAUUGAAGGCAACCUCUCGGCAGCAGCCGGUGUCAGUCUUCCCUUAGUUAACCUGACCAAAUCCACUUUAUUUGUGUAAAUCCUAUAACAGAAGAGUCUAAUCCACUUUAGCUCCUGUCAAGCCUUGGACAAAAAUACAGAGAACUAAAGAGGGAAGAACCAACCUGCACAAGCAUCGAAUUAGUCUCGAAAUAAAACCAUGUCCUGAUUUUAGCUCUAAACUCCACCAAAAUAAUCUCUGGUAAUUAGGCAUUGAACAAGCACAGAUACUACUGAAACUAACUCCUCGUUUCGACUUUCUGUAGUCAAUCUUGUUUGCAUUGACAUAAAAAGAACUCUUUAUAAUAAUAUUAUAUAAUACUAUACUUAAUGGAUUACAGCUGCAGUAAGACACGUACACAUGAUGUCAACAGACUGCAAAUGCGUGCAGUAAUUGCAUGCAAUAGUAACUGAAAAGAGAAUUUGGAAAACAAAUAAAGUACGAUAAAUCACAAUGAGAGUUGAAAUCGAUGUCUUGUGCUCAGGAAGCAGAUGAGUGUCCCUUUAAGCCACAUGUAAGUCUGAUCAGUUCAUAAGAGCACUGAUGUAAUUACAGGAGAAGACUUGAGCCCGGCCUUAAAAUCAACAAACCAAAGGUGUGCAGACUUUGUGCUACUGUAACAACUCUUUUGAUUUUAUUUUGUAUAUAUUUUUUCACAUAAGGACAAAAAUAUAUAUAAAACCAAAUUGAAGAUUUAUGCAAUACACUAAUAUAGUAAUGUGCAUGUAUAUGGUUGUAAAAAUCUAUUAGCAUGCUGAACUAGAACAAUUAUGAAAUAGAAUCUAAUUUCACAUUCAUAAUCAAAAACCAUAUGCAAAAAAUGUUUAAGCAGCAUCAUGCAGGAUUUUUAGCAUGAUAUUGCUUUUAUGCAAUGGAUAAUUCACCCAAAAAUGAAAACUCUGUCAUUAUUUACUCACCCUGAAUGUUGUUCCAAAACUGCAUGACUUUCUUUCUUCUGUGGAACAUAAAAGAAGAUAUUUUGAAGAAUUUUGGUGAUUUUGGAAAAUACAUUUCUUGAGAUAUUUCUCAGAUAUCUUCUUCUAUGAUGACAGAAUUCUCAUUUUUCUCAUCUUUAUACUGAUACAACUAAAAACAGUACCAUUUAAAUCGACUGACUCUGUUACAUUGUUACAAACAAAAAUAUAAGUAUCUGGUCUGAUAAAAAUAGUUUCGCUAAUGUAUUUACUGCACAGUUUCACUUUUUUAGGUGAACAAAAUAAUUCCAAAUGAUGUCAAGCUGAGUUAAAAAAAAAACAUCAACACUCCUGUCUAAUAGAAAUAGUGCUGUAUAAUCCAUUCAUAUCUUAAUCUGUCACUCUGUGGUUAAUCGUAUUUGUUCUUUUACUUUUUUUGGAGUAACUGCAGUCUCUGAAGAGUUCAUCUGUCCGUCCAUAUGGCCUCAGUCUCUUCCACCUGCUGCAGUGGGAUGUCCUGUUAACCCACACACACACACACACACACACACACACAGCCUUUCAGUUUGAGCAUUGUUGGACCCUGUUGACCAACUGCAAUAAACAUUGAUGCAAUGCAUCUAUAUAACAAAUUAUGCAUAUUUAUUGAACAGUAAGUUAUGGUUUGUUAAUUUAUUUAGAUGUAGAGUCACUGACUUAACAAGAACAUAUUUAUUAUUUUUUGGGGUGCCAAAAAUAUCUCAUAUGUAUUAUAUUCGAUAUAUAACAUGUUUAAUAAACUGUAUCAGCUUUAAAACCAACCCAACCCUGUGUGAUUUAUUAUACUGUCACUGUUUCACUUUUUGAGUUGCAUAAGCACAAAUUAAAUUCAGAUUACAUUACUAUUUAAUUAAAAACCAUUGAUGAACGUUUAGCAUCUGAUAGAAACGA